CAGGAGGUCAUCCUUGCCUCUGGUGGCAUCCAGAUACUCCUCCGGACCAUGGAGGCGCACGCGGGAUUGAUGAGCGUUCAGAUCAUCGCGUGCGGGCUGCUCCGCGACCUCGUCACCCGCAGCGCCGAGCACCAGGAGACCGCCGUGUGCCGGGGCGGCGCGCAGCUGGCGCUGCAGGCCAUGCGGGCCUUCCCGCAGUCGGCCGACGUGCAGCGGGCCGCCGGCGGCGCGCUCUUCCGCAUGUGCGAGGACAACGAGGAGAUGCAGGCCGAGGUGUUCGCCUACGGAGCCGUUCGCGUCG